GACAACGACGGACUGCGGCCACCUCCUUUCCGAUCGGGCUGCGGCCUUUCAGGAAAGCGCAGUCCGUAUGGUCUAAUUGGCCCGCACCCUCUUACGUCACGCCUCGACCUUUUACACAACCAAUCAGCAAGAAGGAGGUGUGGGAAACGUCCGCGGCCCCCAUCCGGAAGGGGUGGGACAUAGUGUCCGAAGCGGCCAAUGGGCAGCCGGAAGGCGGAGCCUCCGUGGGAGCAGCGGCGGCGGCGGGAACUGUCCCGAGUCCCGGAGGCGGGUCGCGUUCUGGAUCCAUGGAGCUAGCCGAAGGGUCGAGUACAGAACUUGCUAAGGCCAUCAGACCUAUCGAUCGGAGGUCAGUCCAUCAGAUUUGUUCCGGACAAGUAGUACUGAGUCUAAGUACUGCCGUGAAGGAGUUGGUAGAAAAUAGUGUGGAUGCCGGUGCCACUAAUAUUGAUCUGAGACUCAAAGACUAUGGGGUGGAUCUCAUUGAAGUUUCAGACAAUGGAUGCGGGGUAGAGGAAGAAAACUUUGAAGGCUUAACUCUGAAACAUCACACUUCUAAGAUUCAAGACUUCACUGACCUAACUCAGGUUGAAACUUUUGGCUUCCGGGGUGAAGCUCUGAGCUCACUUUGUGCACUGAGCGAUGUGACCAUUUCUACCUGCCACACGUCUGCGAAGGUCGGGACUCGACUGGUGUUUGAUCACAAUGGGAAAAUUGUCCAGAAAACUCCCCACCCACGACCCAGAGGGACAACUGUCAGCGUGCAGCAGCUAUUUUAUACACUCCCCGUGCGCCAUAAGGAAUUUCAAAGGAAUAUUAAAAAGGAGUAUGCCAGAAUGGUCCAGAUCUUACACGCAUACUGUAUCAUUGCAGCAGGUGUCCGAAUAAGUUGCAGUAAUCAGGUUGGACAAGGAAAACGCCAGCCUGUGGUUUGCACGAGCGGAAGCUCCAGCCUAAAGGAGAAUAUUGGAUCUGUGUUUGGCCAGAAACAGCUGCAAAGCCUCAUUCCUUUUGUUCAGCUGCCCCCUAGUGACUCCGUGUGUGAAGAGUAUGGGCUGCGGCCCAGCGACGCUCUCCAAGCUCUCUUCCGCAUCUCUGGUUUCAUCUCUCACUGUGCUCAUGGUAUUGGAAGAAGUUCAACAGACAGACAGUUUUUCUUUAUCAAUCGGCGGCCUUGUGACCCAGCAAAGGUUACCAGACUUGUGAAUGAGGUCUAUCAUAUGUAUAAUCGACAUCAGUAUCCAUUUGUCGUUCUUAACAUUUCUGUUGAUUCAGACUGUGUUGAUGUCAAUGUUACUCCCGAUAAAAGGCAAAUUUUACUGCAAGAGGAGAAGCUUUUGUUGGCAGUUUUAAAGACAUCCUUGAUAGGAAUGUUUGAUGGCGACGUUACCAAACUAAAUGUCAGUCAGCAGCCACUGUUGGGUAUCGAAGGUAACUUGAUAAAAAAGCCUUCGGCGGAAAUGGACAAGCCUGUGCCAGAAAAACAGGAUGAGGCAGCUUUGUUAAGGGGAGGGGAAGCGAAGAGGGCAGUGACCAUUUCCAGGCUGAGAGAGACCUUUUCUCUUCGGCACACGACAGAGACUGAGUCUCCGGGCCCCAAGACCACCGAAGCGAGACGGGUUUCCCCACGACAAAAGAGACCCAUCCAGGGUGCUGGCGCUUCAGACCCCCCGAGCUCCGGGAAGCGUGGCUCGGGCACAGACUCAUCUGGCCCUGGCGGGGAGACGACGCGUUCACACCAGGGCCCCGGGGACUGCAGGGACGGAGUGGAGACGGAGCAGGAGAUGGAGCACAGCUGCACUUCGGCCGGCCCAGGGGGAGGGCUCGGCACCCCAGAAACGGGCGGUCAGUGGGGCGGUGGCCGUGCAGCAGGCUCCCACGGAGACAGGUUUUCACCGGGAGACGCGGAGCCUUCAGAGAAGUUGCCCGAACCUGCACAUCGCCCUGCAGACAUGAGACGCGGUUCCGGCCGUGAGGACGGUGCGCGGGAACGGAGGGUCGUGCCUCCGCCCGCAGACGCGUCCCCAAGCCCAAAGCGUUUUAAAAAAGAUGGCGUCCCUUCGAACCCUGGCAUCCCUCAAGGGUUGGGGGCUGCUCAGAACGCGUCAGAGUCUCAGGUUGACGUAGCUGUUAAAAUCGCUAAGAAAAUCGUGCCCCUGGCCUUUUCCAUGCGGUCGUUAGCGGCACGAAUACAGCGGUUAUGUCACCAAGAACGGCCGCGAGAAGGCGAGCAGAAUUACCGGAAGUUCAGGGCGAAGAUCUGCCCCGGAGAAAACCAAGCCGCCGAAGAUGAACUGAGAAAGGAGAUAAGUAAAACGAUGUUUGCAGACAUGGAGAUCAUUGGUCAGUUCAACUUGGGAUUCAUAAUCACCAAGCUGGACGCGGACCUCUUCAUCGUGGACCAGCACGCCACGGACGAGAAGUACAACUUCGAGAUGCUCCAGCAGCACACUGUCCUCCAGGGCCAGAGGCUCAUCGUACCCCAGACCCUCAACCUAACUGCUGUCAAUGAAGCUAUCCUAAUAGAAAAUCUGGAAAUAUUCAGAAAGAAUGGCUUUGAUUUUGUUAUCGACGAAGCGGCUCCGGUCACUGAAAGGGCUAAGUUGAUUUCCUUGCCAACCAGCAAAAACUGGACCUUUGGACCUCAGGACAUCGAUGAACUGAUCUUCAUGCUAAGUGACAGCCCUGGGGUCAUGUGCCGGCCUUCCCGCGUCAGACAGAUGUUUGCCUCCAGAGCCUGUCGAAAGUCUGUGAUGAUUGGAACGGCUCUAAACACAAGUGAGAUGAAGAAGCUGAUCACCCACAUGGGCGAGAUGGACCAUCCCUGGAACUGUCCCCACGGAAGGCCGACCAUGAGACACAUCGCCAAUCUGGAUGUCAUUUCUCAAAGCUGACAACAUCACUUGCUUUCUAGGAUUGUACAUUUUAUCACAGGUUUUGCUGUUUUCAAAAGCAGGACUUUAACGAGUCAGCUUGUUUCUGAAUUAACCUGUUUAAAAAAAAGUUAACCAGAUCCACUAGAAAUGAUCUUGAGAACCUUGUCAAACCACGUGGAGCGUGGCUCGCACUGGUUUGUGUCCUGCACCAGAACGUGUGUGCGCCUACAGGCAAGAGCACAUCAAACAAAACUAGGAAGAACGCUUCGAAAGUCACCUGGGCCUCUGUUGCUGCGGCCUGAGGUAUCUUAGUCUGCAAGUGUCAGCCCGCAGUAUGAUUAAAUUCAUAAAGGUUUAAUUUUAUAAAAUUGUGGUCAUUUUGGGUUCAGGUUUGUCCACCCUAAGGCACAUUAAGUUAAAAAAAAAAAAGAAUUAAAAAAAACCCCAAAAAAUCAAGGGAGAUUCCCUGCCCAGCUGGAAGAAAAUGGCCAAGUAGGGCCUGGGGUAACUAUUUUUAAAUGUUCCCCAGCAAACAUCGUUCAUAUGCAAGGGGAAAUAAAAGAUUGAUUUUUCUAUAACUUUAA